AUGAUUAAGACGGAAAUACAAACAAAUGACGGAAGUCUCUACACGGUUCUGCAGAUAUCAAAAAGAGCAAGCGCAGAAGAGGUGAGAAUAGCGUACAAGAAGGCAGCAAAGCUAACGCACCCAGAUAUCGACUCGAUGAAAUCCGGAGAGUUUGAAGAGAUCAACAAGGCGUACACCAUCCUUGCGAACAAAAAGAACAGAAUGCUCUACAACACCUUCGGAGACAGCAUCCUUCCGAUCCUCCAGGACCACAGAUACUCGCCGUACAUAGAAAAGAUGCUGUCAAACAGAAUGAUAGCAGCGGGAGGGAUAGUGCUGGGCCUCUUCCUUCUGAGCACUCUCUUCUACCCCUAUCUCAUCCUCCUUGCGAGUAUGCACAUACUUCCGUACUACACUCUCACAGUCAUUCCACACACUCUUUUUUAUUUUGGCUGUCUGUUCAGUAUAUACCAGAUGGGAAUGGGGGACAUGAGGUCAAAAAUAUCCCACCACAUCAUGUACUACGGGCUGCUCCUCGUGCAGAUGCUGAUUAUCACGCUGUACACAGACUCUCUCGUGAGCACCCAGGCCUUUUUGUUCUAUCUCGUGAACAAUGAGAUAGCACACGCUCUAGUAGAAGUAGUGUACAGCCUCCAGUACCUCGAGCUCUCAUCGAUGGAGUACGUGAUACAGAGGACCUUCAAGCGCAUUGCAUGCGUAAAGUACGCAGCAGGCGCGCUCUUUAGAAUCCUCCUGUGCGGGCUGUUUAUGGUAGAUGUUUCCCCGUAUGCAAGAGCCUCUUUGUUCCCCCUGUAUAUUUUUGUGCUGACUGCCACAGGAAGCAUGGAAAAGAUCGGAGGAUGCAUCCUAACGUGUCUUCUGCUCGUGCAGUCUAUGUUCUGCGCGUGUGCGUGCAGGGAGAGCAUGAGCGCAGCUGGCUGGGGCGUGGCAGCUGCAGUGCUGCUCCUCGCUCUCCUCGGCGUGGCUAAGAUCGUGCAGGAGACAAGAAAAGUGUUCAUCAGCGCGCAGUGGAACUGCAUGGCGCCGCUGAGAAUCACGGACAAAGAGUGCUAG